AUGCGGUGUGCGGUUCGAAUUUGCCUAUUAGGAACAUGCAGUUUGAUUGCGAUCAUUUAUUUCGCUGUUCACGCAGCGAACUCGAGGAUCGUUGAAACUUGGGACGAGAACGACGCUCUCGCUCGCCAUAUCUUAGAAGGCACCGAUUCAGAUCACAAGGAUGGGGCACCAGCGACGAGUGCCUCAUUGUCCGCUUCGGUCGCCAUCGUCAUUGUCAUAUCACUUGUCAGUGUGUCACUUCUAAUUACAGGUAUUAUAAUCGUCGCAAUCACAAUAGAUCCGACAACGAACGAUGAAGAAUCGGACAUUGAAUGGGACAGCCCUAGGCAUCCUCAAGAGACGGCCGAAUUGUUGCCCAUCGAGGAACGGGAUGACACGAAGUAUUACUACUCAGGACAUAUAUUUCACGAGUUAUAG